AUGAUUAGGGAAAUCAACGUAGUGACAAGUGGGAACCCGUUGAAAGAGAAAAGAGGGGUGGGUCGCCGUACCGGGACUUCAACGUGGGCAACUCCACGAGCACCGUCGGACACGUCGCCACACUCGGCUUCCCAGAUCUUCAUCUCGGAGGACGGCGUGUACAACACGCGCGGCAGGGUGCUCGGCGGCGGGAGCGCCAUAAACGCCGGGUUCUACUCCCAUGCGGAGCCGGAGUUCGUACGUGAUGCCAGGUGGGACGAGGAUCUGGUCCGACAGUCGUACGACUUGGUCGAGUCCAAAGUCGCCUUCGGGCCGCAAGUCAAGCAGUGGCAAAGACGGUGA